GCCGAGCUAGCUAUCAGUCCUGCCGUUUGCCCCGUUGCCAUGCACUGCCAAUCCUAAGCAUUUCCACAUAUUUGGCUGGCUGCUUAACCGUGUUCCUGCCAAGGAGCUUUGAUGGUCAUGAGAAGGGGCUGAGCCGGGCUAGUUGUGCGCAUUGUUUGUUGGUGUUUCAUCACUACUAAGAGGUGGGGUGGGGAUGACCACGUCCAAUGCGUCGGUUCUGAAAAAUGACACACACACCUCUGCAUCCAGGAUGAUGACAACAUGAGCUGCGACUUCGUGUGACCAUGCAUAAUUCUCCUCUUUUCCAGUAUCUGCAGGAUCUAGGGCACACAGACUUUGAGGCAUGUCCGACAGCAUCACAGGAGGAGGAAUAUGGCGAGCAAGAGGGAGACCUCACCUCUCCCGGUGGAGACCCACAGAAAACCUCAGGCUUAUGGAGACUGGCUGAGGCCUUAUGGAGAUGGAGCCCAUUUCACCAGGCGGCAGCAUCUCGCAAGCUGGACCAGAAGCUGGACUGCAUGUUCGGCCAGUACUCGGUCAGGUGCAUUCUGGACCAGGACGUGCUGCUGCAGGAGGACGUGGAGCUGAUCGAGCUCUUAGACCCGAGUCUGCUCACCCUCGGCUCCUCACCCUCUGGCUCGCCUCGCAGAGCGAACACCUUACCUAGACCGAGCCUCAUCGCCAAGCCCUCCCUAUGGGACAUGGCCGGGCUGGUCGGCCUGGCCUCAGUGCUGCUGGGGCUCUGUUCCGUGUCUGGGGGCCUGUGGUCGCUGGCUGCAGCUCCGUGGGGCUUGGCCCUGCUGGGCUGGGUGGGACUGAGGAUGGUCACGUUGUGGAGACAGGGCCGUAUGCAGAGAGCUGUCCACACCAGGGCCACCCAGCUCCAGACUCUGGUUCACAACGGCAAGACCCUGACGGGGCUGUCCCGAAAAGCCCUGCGUCUGGUGCAGGAGACUGAAGUCAUCUCCAGAGGUUUCACCCUUUUGCUCGACAGGGUGAGUGCGGCCAGCUCCUUUAGCAGGGCGGGGCCGGGGGCGGGGCUACGUGGCCAGCAGCUCAUCGGACUGAGGAAGGCCUUGUACCGGGCGCUGCGUUCGGCCUUCAGGGCAUCGCGCAGGGCCACCUGUCACAUGCUCAAGGCGUUCCCUCUGAACUCUGAGAUCGAUAAUGUGACCAACUACGUGUCCGCGGUGCCUCUGAAGGAGCUGGGGCUUGGCCUGGGUAUCGAACACCUGGGAGACGAGCAGGCCCAGGAGCUUACGGAUGACUACAGCCUGCCUGCCUUGAAGAUGCUGUUCCAGCUGUGGGUCGGUCAAAGCUCCGAAUGUUUCCGUCGGCUGGCCCUUCUCCUCUCUCCGAGCCGAGUAGAGGAGUCUGAGGAAAUCAGACCCACAGAAGACGCCUCCUCUCCUCUUCCUCUUCCUCCUCCGCUCUACCGGUCCAUCUCCGCCGUGACCGAGCCCCUCCAUCACGCUCUGGCGAGCUGUCUCGGCGAAGUGCAGCGCAGCUUCGACUUUCACAGACACUUUGAGACCCAGCCGAGGACCACAGGCUGCGACAGGACAGGGCGAGCCAGAGAGAAAUGCCGAGAGCUCAACACCCUCCACACCUCCAUCCGAAGCCUGCAGCUGCACCUGAAAGCGCUGCUCAGCGAGAUGAUCAUCCUGGAGGACGACCUGGAGAAGCUGAUGGUGUCCAAGGAGCUGACGGAGUUGACGCUCGAGGGCUACCAGGACCUGAGCGACCGGCUCCACCAGCUGCAGCCACACAUGCAGGCUAGCACUGGCUGCUGGGAGGACACCAUCAGUCAGGUGGAGCGCAUGCUGAGACGAGCCAACGCCUGUACAGCCAGCGCUGAGGGUCUGGAGCAGUGCAGUCCUCCUCCACCUGAGGUUCCCGAUCCUCCUCCAUCCUACCCGCUGAUCCUGGACAGAGACCCCGUGCCGGAGGAGCUGGAGUGGGAGGCCUACGUGUCUGACUCGGACUCUGAUGGCGAAGGCAGAGGGUCAUGGUCUGACAUGUUGUCACCGGAGGAGCGGGAGCGGCAGCGGCGGGAGAGGGAGGAGUCCCGUCGCGUCCUGUCUGAGCUGAAAGCUGUCCUGGGCUUCCGUGCGUCAGAGGGGGAGAGGAUGAAGAGGAAGCAGCUGCUCUUCAGCGACCAAGCCGCCGUGGGGCUUUCGGUUCACACAGAGGGUUCAGACCCUUCCACUCAGCCGUCAGACGAUCUGACAUCUGUGGGCAAAGGAGAACCUGCCAUCGACAGAGGAAACAACCUGUCAGAGCGCUCUGCUGGAAAUGAAGAGAAGGAGCAGGAAGGAAGACACGAUAGGGUGAGGCCUAACCCCUCCACCGACCCCGUGACAGAGUUCAGCUGCGGUGUGGAGCAAUCAGAGAUGGGAGGAACGUCUGUCUGCAGCAGAGGAGGAGGAGGUGCGUCAGAGCUGCACCAGUAUGAUGGCGUCCUGGAGGAGGGGGAGGGGCAGAACGGCCUGGACUGCUUCCUGAAGCCUAAAGUCUCCGCCGUCUCUGUGAUGGACAGACUGACGGAGAUCCACGGCUCUGAGGCGCUCAGCUUCAGCUCCGCCCUCGCAGCUCAGGUGGCUGCUCGCUCACACUCCCUCAUCAGCAUGGAGGAGCAGACGUUCGGAGAUGAUGAUGACAAGGAGGAGAAAGAGGGGGACGACGAAGAGGGCAGAGACAGACAAAACCCAGAGAAGGACUAGAGAUGAAACCGCUUUAACCGAGCACUAAGCAGAGACAGUGUUUAUGUCUGUGUUACAUCAGAGAAAAUCCAGCCCACGACACUCUGUCACCCAUCCGUCCACAUUACUGUACAUUACCCACAAUUCUUACUGCUCUGUUUGCUGUUAAAACUCAGGUACCAGAACCACUAUAACAACAUGAAGACCUUACAGUGUUGAGGUCAGCAGACCCCGGUGUCAUCCACACUCUGAAACGUGAUCACAGUCGCUCUGUAGAUGUGGAAGAAACUUCUGAUUGUAUGAGAAGAAAAACGGUUUUAGUUGCACAUUUUUUAACUUUAAAUCAGAGCUGCACUGUGUGUUCAGGCAGAAACCCCCCCACAGUCAUCUGAUUUUAUUCAUUUAUAAUAAUAACACGAAAAAAUUUAUAAAAUUGGAUAAAAUUUGAAAACAUUUAUUCAUAAUAUAAAGAAUAACAAGCGACCUGCAGGCUGAAAGGCUGCAGAUGGCUUCCUUUAGUUCUCUUCCUCCUUUCCUGUCUCCUCUCACCUGUUCUCAUCCAAUAAAGGUUUAGAACUCCUUAAAAAUUGCAAAGUUUGGACCCAAAUACAGGACGCUGGAGACAGAUAAGUAUCUAAAAACACUCGGAGGCAUAACAGCAGCUGAACACAGUUAAGAGGCGAGAAUAGUCAGGGAAUCGGGUAAAGGACACAAAGCUAACCUUCAGUAAAGCAGGAAGUAACCCAAAACGAACCAAGCUGCAUUAAACAAUGCUGGCAUUAAACAUGAAGACAGAGGGGCAAGCUGCCAACAAAGCUCAAUAUAACCAGGCUUUCUCUGCUUUAGGUGGCUUAAAAUUAACAUUUGUUUUACAGCUCUGCGUGAGGCUGUUUAUUUCGACAGCUGCACACGAGAGCUCCAAAACGCUGCAGACAUUUAAAUAUUAAAAGGUGACUCGGUGUGUUCAGGUCUGACGCUCUCUGACGAAGGAAUCAUUAGUUCAAACUAAAAGUCAUUUACUUUUUAUAUUCUCAAUUCAGUGGGUUUCCAACGGAAGAUUGUUCUCGCCAUUGGAAAAAAAUAAAUACAUCUCGCCAUGAGACGACUUAUAAAUGUAAACA